AUGGAACGACAGCAAUGCCGACGAAAUUCUACAUCAAGUGUUCAUUCACAAUCAAAUUAUUCAAGUGUCAAUAUCCAAUGUGAGGAAGAACAUACUCAUGCUCUUAUUCGACGAGAAAAAGAUAAAAAAGUUGUUCUUGUUUCAUUGGAUUAUUUUGUUAAUUUUGGUAAAACCAUUAAAGUAAAUGAAACUGCUACAUACAAACCAAACGCCGAUUCUCGUAAAUCAGAGAGAGGGAAAGUAUUACUCUUUGGAAGUGAAGAUUUAUGUGUUGAGCAACUUCAGGUAUUAGAAGAAGAAAUUGUUGAAGAAGAGGAAUUACUAGAAAAACCAACAGAAAAAAUAAGCGUAUUAUCAGCAAAUUCAAAUAAUAUUAAUCAUGAUAAACGUAUCAUGAAUACAAAUAAGAAAUCAACAAAUCAAGUUCACAAAAAAGAUAAUAAAGAAAACUACGUUAUGAAUGAUUCAACAACAUCAAAACGUUCAUCAAAAUCAAUUGAAAUUGAUGAUAAAUCAAAAACAGAUCCAUCAAAGAAGAUAAACUCAGCUAGUAGUAUAACUAUCGUUAAAUCAUCAACAGGUCACGUGAAAAAGACAAUGCAAGUCAAACGAAAAUUAUUUCAUGAUAAUGCAGCCUUCGGAACAAAUGAAGACUUUUUCGAAGAUGAAGUUGGUGAAAUUCAAAGUUAUUCUACAAAACCAAAAUCAAAUAAUAAUGUUCUUCCUGGUGAAUCACCUAUAGAAGAAACGCUACCUAUUAUCAAUCGUCAAAUUUCUAAUAAAACGUCAACAUCAAUUGCUUCAUUAAGUCAAAAACAAUCAUUAUCAGUUUCGACACCAACUAAUAAUUUAAGUGCUAUGCCUGGUGCUGUUGUUCGUUCUUGGUUCAUCACAACAGCAAAACAGUACUUUACUUCUGAUUUAAAUCCAACAGAUAUAUAUCAGCAUGCUAAACGUUUAAAUCUCGAUCCGAACACACUUCUUAGUUGCAUAGAAACAACUGGUACUCACACAACUCGAACAAUCAUCUCAAAGUUAUUUUCGGAAGAAGCAAUGGCACAAAAAUCUGGACCUAUUGCUGUUUCUAAAGAUUUACGAAAAAAAAUACGUGACUUUGUUGAAUCUCACCAUGGUCCAAUUAUUGAUCAUCAAUUUCAUGAAGCAAUAAACGGCUCAUUUCGUCAAGCAAAAAAAGCUGCAAAUGGUGCCAAGAAAGAUACAACGGAAUUAUCUACAAAGAAAAAACAAAUUAGUUCUGGUCAAUUAACAAUUGACAAGAUGAUCUUGUCAAAGCAAUCAACAUCAGAUGUUGCAAAUAAAACAACAACAUCUAAAAAUACAAUGUCAAUUAAUUCUGAUGAUAGUGAUGAUUAA